UCAAGAGGCGGGGAGGAGAGGAGGAAAAAGCGCUGAGUGAGGGCUGGCGGGCGGGCGGGCGGGAGGGAGUGGAGGAGCCGGGGAGGGGCUCCUUAAAGAAACGCUGCUGUCGCUCGCCUGCUCGCUUCUCGCUCGGCAUUGUGGCCAGCCAGCCGGGCACUUGGGGGGCACGCGCGGCCGCCGCUCGAGCUCUGCCCCCACCCCACCCGCCAGCAGAUCUGGGGUGGGGACCCAGGCGGGGGCUCCCGCAGCCACUGCCCGGCGUGGACCGCAAGGAGCGACCCACUCUUCCCGGCGCCGAGAAAGGAGCAACGGAGCCCUCUGCAGCCGGCCGGCCUCUCCGCCCCUGACCACUCGCUUCCCGGCUGCCUUUGUGGCCGCAGUUUCUCGCCGCCGAGCAGAGGGCCGGCGGGGGCGCGGUGCGCACGGCCGAGCGAUGCCCAGCUCGCUGUUUGCAGACCUGGAGCGCAACGGCAGCGGCGGCGGCGGGGGAGGCGGCGGCGGGGGAGGCGGCGGCAGCGGCGGGGGAGAGACCCUGGAUGACCAAAGAGCCCUGCAGCUCGCGCUCGACCAGCUCUCCCUGCUGGGGCUGGACAGUGACGAGGGCGCGUCUCUGUACGACAGCGAGCCGAGGAAGAAGAGCGUGAACAUGACCGAGUGCGUGCCGGUGCCCAGUUCCGAGCAUGUCGCCGAGAUCGUGGGGCGGCAAGGUUGUAAAAUCAAAGCACUGCGGGCGAAGACCAACACUUAUAUCAAGACCCCAGUUCGUGGGGAGGAGCCUGUCUUUGUUGUGACGGGCAGGAAGGAGGAUGUGGCCAUGGCUCGGAGGGAGAUCAUCUCUGCCGCCGAGCACUUCUCCAUGAUCCGCGCCUCGCGGAAUAAGAACACGGCGCUCAACGGCGCAGUGCCCGGGCCGCCUAACCUGCCGGGGCAGACCACCAUACAGGUGCGGGUGCCCUACCGCGUGGUGGGGCUCGUGGUGGGGCCCAAGGGCGCCACGAUCAAGCGCAUCCAGCAGCAGACGCACACGUACAUCGUGACGCCCAGCCGCGACAAGGAGCCGGUGUUCGAGGUGACCGGCAUGCCUGAGAACGUGGACCGAGCUCGCGAGGAGAUCGAGGCGCACAUCGCCCUGCGCACUGGCGGCAUCAUUGAGCUCACAGAUGAGAACGACUUCCACGCCAAUGGCACGGAUGUGGGCUUUGAUCUGCAUCAUGGGUCCGGCGGGUCCGGCCCAGGCAGCCUCUGGAGCAAGCCCACCCCCAGCAUUACGCCCACUCCGGGCCGCAAGCCCUUCUCUAGUUAUCGCAACGACAGCUCCAGCUCGCUUGGCAGCGCCUCCACAGACUCUUACUUCGGCGGGGGGACCAGCGGCAGUGCAGCUGCCACCCCGCGCCUGGCGGACUAUAGUCCCCCCAGCCCCGCGCUCAGCUUUGCUCACAAUGGAAACAACAACAAUGGCAAUGGAUACACCUACACGGCGGGGGAGGCUUCUGUGCCUUCCCCUGACGGCUGUCCUGAGCUACAGCCCACCUUCGACCCGGCUCCCGCCCCACCGCCUGGGGCUCCACUUGUCUGGGCCCAGUUUGAGAGGUCCCCGGGAGGCGGACCUGCAGCUCCCGUGUCCUCUUCCUGCUCUUCCUCUGCAUCUUCGUCUGCUUCGUCUUCCUCUGUGGUCUUUCCCGGGGGCGGCGCCAGCGCGCCCUCCAACGCCAACCUGGGGCUGCUGGUGCACCGCCGGCUGCACCCGGGCACCAGCUGCCCCCGUUUGUCCCCGCCCUUGCACAUGGCUCCGGGGGCGGGCGAGCACCACCUGGCUCGCCGGGUGCGCAGCGACCCGGGCGGAGGGGGCCUGGCCUACGCCGCCUAUGCCAACGGCCUUGGGGCGCAGCUGCCGGGCCUGCAGCCGUCGGACACAUCCGGCUCCUCGUCCUCGUCCAGCUCCUCCUCCAGCUCUUCAUCCUCCUCCUCUGGGUUGCGGCGUAAGGGCAGCCGCGACUGCUCCGUGUGCUUUGAGAGCGAAGUAAUCGCCGCACUGGUGCCCUGCGGCCACAACCUCUUUUGCAUGGAGUGCGCCAACCGCAUCUGUGAGAAGAGUGAGCCUGAAUGCCCGGUCUGCCACACCGCGGUCACUCAGGCCAUCCGCAUCUUUUCUUGAAGGCGGCGCGCACCACGCGGGGGAUUGAGAACCCGCUUCCCUCCAUCCUCACUCCCCAGCGCCUCUCUGCCUACUUGGUGCCCCACCUUCUCCUCCCCGCCUCCGUGCUCACACUCUGAGAUCCGAAGAGGAGCUUGGAAAGCUGUAGUAUCCGCUCAUUUUUUAAAUUUCAAUUUUUAAACAAAGGAACUUGCCAGGAUAUCUGCAUCAAGAGUACUGUAGCCUGGGAAACCUCCGAACCACCUUAAAUGCAUGCUCUAUAAAUAAUAGGAACGGCGACAUUCUAGUAAUGAUAGUUUUUACACUGUACUUAAUAGGAAGCUUCCAAAAGAAGAAAACCCCACAAGUUUUCCAUUUUCUUAAAGUAGGAAAAAAUGAACAAUAAUUAUUAUGAUGAAGAUGAUAAUAAUAGUGCUAUGGGAUGUGUGGACUGUUUUAGUGUGUUCCCCUUUGUGGCUGGGUUCCUACGAUGCUUAUUAUAGAACACAGUGGAUCCUUUUUGAAUGUUCGUGGAAGGGCCAGGAGUUCCUGUGAAACCAGGAUACUGCAGCUUUAUUAAAGUUAAAGAAACUGUAACAUAUCUCUUAUAUAUUAAAAAACGUUUAAAAGUUUUAAAGAGAAAU